GGAAAGAGUAAAACCUAAUCCGCCGCCGCGCAACGCAUCCGCCCUCCAAUCCGCCGCCGUCGCAGCCUCCCCAACCUCCCUGCGGUUCGCCGCCGCAGCAUCCGCCAUGAUCACCUUGCCCCAGCAGCAGUCCUUCCACCCAAUGGCCCUGCCCGACGUCGGCGCCUCCUACCCCGACCGUGUCCUUCUCAGCGUUCGGUGCUACAUCGCCGACCGCACGAACAAGACCACCGCUACCUCCUCCACGAGCGAGGGGCACCGCAUCCAGGUCUCCUUCUUCGCCGCCAAGCCGCCGACCCUCUCCUACCUCUGCAUCUUCUGCCCCGACGCCGAUUUCACCUCGGAGCCCAGGGUAGUCACAUCUCAGGGCAACCUCAUACUCCUGACCACCGGCAUCCGCUCCUCCGCCGACCCCUUUUGAGAAGCGAUCUGCUACGACUACUUCGUCUACAGCGCCGACGGCACUGGCGGUUCGUCUCUCGAUCUGCUCCCGAAGCCGGGUCACCCAAUCACUCGCGCCAAUGUUGACCUCGUCUCCUCUGGCUCCUGUGGCGAUGGUUAUGCCGUGGUCACUCUCAGCCCUGGCUCACGCUGCAGUAGGUACAUCCUCCGCUUGCACCGAGAGAAGACUGGGCUGUGGCGCAGGAAGAUCGUGUCACGGAAGAUGUUGCUGACAGAGUCAGCUGGUGGCGAGAGGCUGAAGGACGAGGUUCAUUCAUUCACGUCCGCCAAGGUAAUCAACCUCCAAGGCUCCACCGUUGCCUGGGUCGACCUCCGGAGGGGUGUUCUGCUGUGCGACGUACUCGACAAGGACGCUGUUGCCUUUUACAUCCCAUUACCUGAGCCAUUGAAUGACGAAAACAAGGUGUACCUGGAAUCACCUGGUGAUCCUUCUUUUACCCCGGAUAUUAUAGGGAGACAAAAUUCAAUAAAGUUUGCAGAGAUGGAAUAUCGCUUUGAUGCUGACUUCACUCGUGGUGGAUGGAAAAUCGUCACAUACAGCUGGGCAGUUGGUUCAAAGAAUUGGGGCUUGGACAGUGUGGUUGAUUUUGAGCAUGUGUUAGAAAACAGUGGAGGCAUGUUGUCAUUGCUAUGUCAGGACAGGAGCAAGGGGGUAGAGGCAGAGAACAUUGCACCAAUGUGCGACCCUAGUCUGUGCGACCGAGACAACAUUUUGUACUUGAUAUCCAAGCCAAACCACAGAGCCGCCAAAGGAUCAUUGGUGGUGGUUGACACGUCAAAGAAAACACUGGAAUCAGUGACCCCUUUGUCAGAUGAGAGAGCCAUUGGAUAUGCAGUGACCUAUGUCCACUGUACAUUCUCCAAGCACUUCAAUGAUGUUGCAGAUAUGUUUCCCAAGAUGGAAUACCAAACCAGCAAUGCAUUUCACGAUCUGCAUAUUGGAAGGGAGAAUUUGUCAAACACAGUUGAUAAGCAAUAAAGCUUUAGUGGUCCUUCUUUACUGUAUAGGUUGCAUCCUGUCUUGUGGUGCAACUAUGCUCUCAUUGCGAGCAAGGAAUGGUUCACUGCUUCGUAUUAUUACAUAGCCUGCUAAGCCAUCAUGCUUAAUCUUCUUAUCCGAUAUCUGAAGGGCGGAGGAGGCCGUCAUCGUGGAGAAGAUACGAGGGGAGCAGAUUAGGAGAGGGGUGGACCCCAGCGAGUGGGUCGGUGGUGGCCCUGAGGAGGCGAUGGAGGAGCAGGAGGAAGAAGAAGAAGAGGAAGAGGAGGAAGAAGAGGAAGGGGAAAAGGAAGAAGAAAUUUCGGAAGAAAAGGGGUCAGAGGUCGACAAGCCCAUUGCGACUGAGGUUUCUUUCCUGCUGAAUAUUUUUUAUUUGUUUUUGUCUACAUUUUCUGUCUUGAUUGUGCUUGUUUUAUCUUCUGUUGGAGGCGGCCUCCGACAUGCACAGUGACGAGCGCGAGGCAAAAAUGCGAAUGCCUCGUGCUGUUGAAGUCAGUCUGAUGCAACAAAAGUUCCUGUCCGGUGAAGACACUGAGCACAUGGACUACUCUCAGAUCGAUAAUGACGAGAUGCUGGAUGACCAUUGGUCCAGGGAAGCCAACUAUCAUGCGGAGGAGAAGUAUUUCGAAGAGGAUUAGUUCACGAAGGGAUGCUGUUUCAAUAUCUGAGAAUCAGUGUAGCAACAUCUGGGCUGUUCAUGUUGGAAAAUUGUUAGCAUGUACUUAAACGUAUUGUCUUUGACACUGCUCUUGUCCCUGCCACAGUUGCAUCUCAUAACGUAUUAAUGAUUAGAUCCAGUUUAGUUUCGUGCAAA